GCGUCCGUGACGUCAGCGCAAAGAUGGCGGCCCUCGGGCUAUCCCGUGGUUGGGGGUACCGAGCGCUGCUGCUCGCUGCGGGGCCGGUCUGGGGCGGGGGUACGCGGCGCGGGGUACGGGCCCUGAGGCGGAGGCCUGUGAGGGUGCUGAGCCCCGGCCAGGGACCGGCGGGGACGGUGGCGAAGCCGGAGCCGGAGCAGCGAAGGAGGGAGAGCCCAGGCUCGGGCCGGGAGCUGAAGCCGGAGCCGGAGCAGCGAAGGAGGGAGAGCCCAGGCUCGGGCCGGGAGCUGAAGCCGGAGCCGGAGCGGCGGAAGAGGGAGAGCCCAGGCUCGGGCCGGGAGCUGAAGCCGGAGCCGCGGGCAAGCUCCGGAGCGUGGGAGGAGUUGGGGCUGCACUACGAGCGGGCCCUUCCGGGGGACGGGAGGCUGAGCAAGGUGAUGACGAUCGUCAAGUCUCGGACCUUCCGAGAAAAGAAGGGCAAGAUCUUGCUGGAGGGCCGGAGGCUGAUUGCCGAUGCCCUCAGAGCCGGCGCCGUGCCCCAGACGGUCUUCUUCAGUCGGCUGGAAUACGUGAAGGAGCUUCCCGUGGACAAGCUAAAAGGGGUCAAACUCAUCAAGGUGAAGUUUGAUGAAAUCAAGGAAUGGUCUGACCUCGUAACUCCACAAGGAAUAAUGGGGAUUUUUGCCAAACCCGACCAGGCUAAGAUGAAGUUUCCAGAGACCCAACUUCAACAUUCUCUGCCCUUGUUGCUGAUUUGUGACAAUCUUCGUGAUCCUGGAAACUUGGGGACCAUCCUGAGAUCUGCGGCUGGGGCAGGUUGCUGCAAGGUGCUGCUCACCAAAGGCUGUGUGGACGCGUGGGAGCCCAAGGUGCUCCGGGCCGGCAUGGGGGCUCACUUCCAGGUGCCCAUCAUCAGCAACCUGGAGUGGAAGCAUGUCCCCGACCACUUACCCUCCGACGCCAGGGUCCACGUGGCCGACAACUGCGGCCUGCACGCCCGGGCCCGGCGGUCCGGCGGAGCCAGCGGCCAGGGCGGGGCGUGUGACCGGCGCUUUCAGAAACAUCCCAAGUACAAGGAGGAGGAGCCGCGGGAGGCCGUCGGGAACUGGCUCCCGGACCUCGAGGUCCAGAGCUACGACACGGCUUGGACAGAGGCGCCGGCGGCCAUAGUGAUAGGGGGGGAGACCCACGGGGUCAGCGUGGAGUCCCUGCAGCUGGCCGAGAGCACGGGGGGCAAGAGGCUGCUGAUCCCCGUUGUGCCGGGCGUGGACAGCCUGAAUUCGGCCAUGGCGGCCAGCAUCCUGCUCUUUGAGGGGAGACGGCAGCUGGGAGGUGGGGGGCCCCAGGCCGGGCUGAUGGGCGGCAGCGAGGGGCCCCCCACUGCUCGGGACCUCGGGGCUCUCCAGGAGGAGUUUUCGCGCUUGAGGAGCUAGGGGGGCCGCUGGACAGUCACCUGGUCCCCACUUUGUGAUUAUACCUUUUCCUUAGAA